GACACAUGGCCGUAGCUCCCGGCCUUCUUUGGUUGCAACUUGCAACUCAAGCAAAAUUUUCCUCCUCUUCACGCUUCUCUCACAUGGUGAACACCUCUAUAUUCUCUCUCCUUUCGCUCUUCCCCCGAUCCUCUUCAGUUUAGCUUUAUCUUCGAUGGUUGACAUGCUCUCCUCCCCACAUUGCUUCCUCUUCCUCUCUCAAAGAGCAACGUUGUUUCUUCUCAUUACCACACACUGCUCUCUUUCUCUCUCCGUUUCUCUGUAUCAUCGGAGCUCCUCUCUGUGUAUUGGAACUCUAUAUGGAAAGAGGUUUAAUAAGCUCACUAUAACAAGAAAAAGGAAGAUUCAAAAGGCCCAUUCUCUAUAAGAAGUUCAUAGGGACAUUUCUAGUCUCUAUUCCUCAUUUUCUUCUUCUCUUUGCUUCCCUUUCAUUCUCCCAUUUUCUCUGUGAAUUUCAUCACGCUUCUCUGUCUCUGUCAAAAAAUCGAAAUUCCACAGGAAGACUCUAUGAGCUUAGUAUAAUAAGAUGACGAAAACUCCAUUUUUGCUUCGGUUUCUCCUUAAUGUCUUCUUCUUUAUCCCAAGCUCCUCUCUCUCCCCUGAUGGCGAAGCCCUUCUCUCCCUCUUACCUUCACUCCCCUCUCCUCUCCUCCCUUCAUGGUCCCCAUCCUCCUCCAACCCUUGCUCAUGGCAAGGUAUCACUUGCUCCCCAUCCAGCAAAGUCAUUUCCCUCUCCCUCCCUAACACCUUCCUCAACCUCACUUCCCUUCCGUCCUCCCUCUCUUCUCUCACGUCUCUCCAACUCCUUAAUCUCUCUUCCUCCAACAUCUCGGGCCUUAUCCCCCAUUCCCUUUCCUCUCUCUCCUCCCUACGCAUCCUCGACCUCUCCUCCAACUCCUUCACCGGCCCCAUCCCUUAUUCCUUGUGCAAUCUUUCCUCUGUCCAAAUCCUCUUCCUUCAUGACAAUCUCCUAACCGGCUCUGUUCCUUUUCAAUUUGGUUCAUUAGUUUCUCUUCAGCAAUUUCGAAUUGGAGGUAACCCUUUUAUUAACGGUCAAAUUCCGCCCCAGCUUGGCCUAUUGACCAACCUCACCACAUUUGGCGCAGCCGCCACAGGUUUAUCUGGUCCUAUUCCGCUUGAGAUUGGAAAUCUCAUUAAUUUGGAAACUUUGGCUUUGUAUGACACCGACAUCUCUGGCUCUAUUCCGCCAGAGCUUGGUUCAUGCUCGGAGCUGAGCAAUCUAUAUCUUCACAUGAACAAGCUUACUGGAUCAAUACCGUCAGAAUUUGGUAAGUUGCAGAAGCUCUCUAACUUGCUGUUGUGGGGAAAUUCUAUUACGGGAAAAAUUCCAUGGGAGAUUUCAAAUUGCUCCAAGCUGGUUGUGCUUGAUUUGUCCGCUAAUAAGUUUCAUGGAGAUGUUCCUGUUAAGCUUGGGAGGCUGGCUGCAUUGGAACAGCUUCAUUUAUCUGACAAUGUUCUUAGUGGUUCAAUUCCUGCUGAGAUUAGUAAUUGCAGUAGCUUGACUGCUCUUCAGCUUGAUAAGAAUUAUUUUUCUGGUUCGAUUCCUGAGGAAAUUGGAAAUCUCAAGCUUCUGCAGAGUUUGUUCUUAUGGGGUAAUUCAAUUUCAGGUAGCAUUCCUCAAUCAUUUUGUAAUUGUUCUGAGCUUUACGCUCUCGAUCUUUCAAAGAACAAGCUCACGGGGAGAGUUCCUGAUGAGAUCUUUAGCCUCAAGAAGCUCGGAAAGCUGCUGCUUCUUGGGAAUUCAUUGACUGGUGCGAUACCAAAGGGUAUUGGAAACUGUCAGUCACUUGUGAGAUUGAGGCUUAGUGAAAACCAACUCUCAGGAGAAAUUCCUAAAGAUAUUGGUAAGCUGCAGAAUCUUGUCUUCCUAGAUCUUUACAGUAACCAUUUUUCUGGAAGAUUGCCUGUUGAUAUUGCGAACAUUUCAGUUUUAGAGCUUUUUGAUGUGCACAACAAUAAUAUCACAGGAGAAAUACCAACCCAGCUUUGGAAGCUGAUGAAUCUAGAGCAGCUUGAUCUGAGUCAAAAUGGCUUCACAAGAGAAAUUCCUUCAAGUUUUGGCAAUUUCAGUUGCAUCAGCAAGCUUAUACUGAACAAUAACUUUCUUACCGGUUGCCUUCCAACCUCAAUCAUGAAAUUGCAGAAGCUUACAUUGCUUGAUUUGAGUUGUAACAGUCUUUCUGGGCAAAUUCCUCCUGAAAUAGGUUCAUUGACAAGCUUGACAAUUAGUCUGGAUUUGAGUUCAAAUAGAUUUGUAGGGCAGAUUCCAGAGGAAAUGCAAAGUUUGAUUCAGUUGCAGUCAUUAGAUCUCUCAAGCAACAUGCUUGAUGGUGGAAUUGAUGUCUUGGCGAUGCUAACUAGUCUAACUUCAUUAAACAUUUCAUUCAACAAUUUCUCGGGUCCAAUUCCAGUUACUCCAUUCUUCAGAACUCUUUCUGAAAAUUCAUAUCUUCAAAACCCGAACCUAUGCCAAUCUUUUGAUGGUUACACUUGUUCUUCUGAUCUUCUCCGCAAAUCUGCUUUCAGAUCUAUAAAGAAUGUGGCUAUUGUUUGUUCAGUUGUGGGAUCAGCGGUAACGCUACUGCUUGUCGCAUGGAUUAUUAUGAGUAAAAAUCGAAAGCUUGCAGAGGAGAAAGCCAUUUCAUUCACAUCUUCAUCGGGUGAUGACUUCUCAUAUCCUUGGACAUUCAUACCAUUCCAGAAGCAGAACAUCAACAUUGACAACAUUCUGGAAUGCCUCAAAGAGGAGAAUGUUAUUGGUAAAGGCUGUUCCGGGAUUGUUUACAAAGCUGAGAUGCCAAAUGGAGAGCUCGUUGCCGUUAAGAAGCUAUGGAGAUCGAAGGAGGACGAGCGGGUAGAUGCAUUUUAUUCGGAGAUUCAAAUCUUGGGAAAUAUCAGGCACAGGAAUAUAGUCAAGCUCCUUGGUUACUGCUCUAAUAAGUCUAUGAAUUUGCUUUUAUACAAUUAUAUACCAAAUGGAAAUCUGCGAGAGCUUUUGCAGGAUAGUUGGAAUCUGGAUUGGGAGACUAGGUAUAAGAUUGCUGUUGGAGCUGCUCAAGGAUUGGCUUAUCUUCAUCAUGAUUGCAUCCCUGCAAUCCUUCAUAGGGAUGUCAAGUGCAAUAAUAUUUUACUGGAUUCGAAGUUUGAGCCUUAUUUAGCAGAUUUUGGAUUGGCAAAGCUGAUGAAUUCAACAAAUUUUCAACUUGCAAGGACAAGGAUUGCAGGAUCGUAUGGCUACAUAGCACCAGAGUAUGGAUACACCACAAACAUCACAGAAAAGAGUGAUGUCUACAGCUAUGGUGUAGUACUCUUAGAGAUCCUCAGCGGUCGCAGUGCCAUUGAGCCCAUGGCUGCUGAUGGGCUUCAUAUAGUUGAGUGGGUGAAGAAAAUGAUGGGCAGCUUUGAGGCCAGGAUGAAUAUCAUUGACUCAAAGCUUCAUGGCCUCCCAGAUCAGAUGGUUGAGGAGAUGAUUCAAACAAUGGGCAUUGCCAUGUUUUGUGUGAAUUCGAUGCCGUCGGAAAGGCCAACCAUGGGUGAAGUGGUUGCUCUUCUGAAGGAGGUGAAGUGCCCAUUGGAAGAGAUUGGGAAAACAUCAAAGCAGCCACUUACAAAGCCUGUGAACUAUAGCUGAUCGUCUAUUCUAGUUUUUGCUUUCUACUAUUUGAAUUAAUUUUCUUUUGAAAUGAACGCUUUGAUUAUUCUUGCUUUUUUCAUAAAGAUAAUGAGGGUUUAUGUAGGUUGGGAAUGAGAAAGGGAGAAGGUUGUGUUGCUUUGGUGAUUGAUGUGCAGUUCAAGAUUUUCCUGACAUUGCAAGCUGAAUUCUUAAUUCCCUUAUGUCAGACCAUGGUUUCUCAUUUGUAUAACUUGACAUUGCAAGCUGAAUUCUUAAUUCCCUUCUUAUAUCA